AUGUGGGCCUCCGCUCGCGGCUGCGUCUCAGAUCACAUUUCUGGUGUUUGCGUUCGGAGUCGGCUGAUUGGAUUACGGCCUCUCCUCGCUCCAAACUCGGCGUGUCAUCACUAUUCCAGCGGAUGCAAAGCCGAGCUGCUGCCUCACGCUCCAUCUGAAAGUCUAAUGCUGUCUGAGCCUGUCUGGGCCGCUCGCUGUCACUCAAACCGUCGCCAUGACAGCAGCAACUUCAGAAACGCCGACCCAGCAUUAUCGCAAAGUGUCAAAGUUAAAGCUGGAGGGGUUUCAGAGAGGGCCACUCGGCCCAGGAACAACAUGGCCGACGCUCCCACGCAGGAAGCGAUAAGCAGAGGGAGGAGGGGGGAGGGAGGAAGGGAGGAAGGGGGGAGGAAGGGAGGAAGGGGGGAGGAGGGGGGAGUCACCGCUGGGUCACGAGAGCAACAAACACGCCUUGAACCUUACUUUAUCACAGUCUUUGAGACAGAGACACACAAAGAGGAGGCACCAGCAGAGGAGCCACCAGCAGAGGAGCCACCAGCAGAGGAGGUGCCAGCAGAGGAAGUACCAGCAGAGGAGGCACUAGCAGAGGAGGCACCAGCAGAGGAUGCACCAGCAGAGGAGGUACCAGCAGAGGAGGUGCCAGCAGAGGAAGUACCAGCAGAGGAAGUACCAGCAGAGGAAGUACCAGCAGAGGAGGCACUAGCAGAGGAGGCACCAGCAGAGGAGGUACCAGCAGAGGAAGUACCAGCAGAGGAGGCACUAGCAGAGGAGGCACCAGCAGAGGAUGCACCAGCAGAGGAGGUACCAGCAGAGGAGGUGCCAGCAGAGGAAGUACCAGCAGAGGAAGUACCAGCAGAGGAAGUACCAGCAGAAGAGGCCCCAGCAGAGGAGGCACCAGCAGAGGAGGCACCAGCAGAGGAGGAACCAGCAGAGGAGGCACUAGCAGAGGAGGCACCAGCAGAGGAUGCACCAGCAGAGGAGGUACCAGCAGAGGAGGUGCCAGCAGAGGAAGUACCAGCAGAGGAAGUACCAGCAGAGGAAGUACCAGCAGAAGAGGCCCCAGCAGAGGAGGCACCAGCAGAGGAGGCACCAGCAGAGGAGGAACCAGCAGAGGAGGCACUAGCAGAGGAGGCACCAGCAGAGGAUGCACCAGCAGAGGAGGUACCAGCAGAGGAGGUGCCAGCAGAGGAAGUACCAGCAGAGGAAGUACCAGCAGAGGAAGUACCAGCAGAAGAGGCCCCAGCAGAGGAGGCACCAGCAGAGGAGGCACCAGCAGAGGAGGAACCAGCAGAGGAGGCACUAGCAGAGGAGGCACCAGCAGAGGAUGCACCAGCAGAGGAGGUACCAGCAGAGGAGGUGCCAGCAGAGGAAGUACCAGCAGAGGAAGUACCAGCAGAGGAAGUACCAGCAGAAGAGGCCCCAGCAGAGGAGGCACCAGCAGAGGAGGCACCAGCAGAGGAGGAACCAGCAGAGGAGGCACCAGCAGAGGAUGCACCAGCAGAGGAGGUACCAGCAGAGGAGGCACCAGCAGAAGAGGCCCCAGCAGAGGAGGCACCAGCAGAGGAGGCACCAGCAGAGGAGGCACCAGCAGAGGAGGUACCAGCAGAGGAGGCACCAGCAGAGGAUGCACCAGCAGAAGAGGUACCAGCAGAGGAGGCACCAGCACAGGAGGUACCAGCAGAGCACUGGAAGCCGGUCCUGCAUGGUUGUCUUCACCAGGAGAGAGGAGGACCACCACUGAGAGGUCAAGGGCCCAGCUCUCCUCUCUCCAGUCUCCUCCAGUCUCUUUAUUGCGAUGUCUAUGGGGCUUUAUGCGACUGGUGCUCGGCCUUGCCCUCGUCUUCAUCAAUCAUCCAGAGUCUCCGGAUCUGCCAUGAGCGCCGCGGAGCCUCGGCCAAUCACAGCGCAUCCAGGAAGCGCGCUCUGUGGGAGAAGAACAAGCAGAGAGUCAGGCUUGAUGUGCCACCAGCGUCUCUGUGA